AUUGAAUCUGCUGUCAAAGCUGACUGGAUCACUGGAGUGUGAAGGGCCCAAGAAUACUAUCCAGCCACCUGAUGAAUGGAUAGUUAAAAAGUUGUUACCAAUAACUUGGAACUUUUGAAUUUUGAACACAUGCCAAAGAAUGGACAGUUUACAUGGACUGUUGGGUGUUUCUUGACAUAGUGUCCCCACUGCUCCCAGCAAACCAGGGUUCCAGUGUAUACUGUGCUGGAUCUGACCAUCUGAUAUAAUGACCUUUUACUUCUGAACACAUCUUGUUGGAUGUUACAUCAUAUGUAAUGAUUUAUUUGGAGAACUAAAAUGCUUAUCAUCAUUGCUGAUGUGACGUGUGUGUGAACAUUUUGUAUUGAGUUACUAUUCUGUGGACUCAGCGGGCCGUGACAUCGAGGACUUGGCCUCAACAUGGAGUGUCUCGCCUACAAUCAGCAGAGGUUCGCCUCAGUCAUUGAGAACAUCAACAGGGAACUUCAUGAAAAAGGUUACCUGGUGGUCAAUGACGAUGACAACAUGCAGGAUCUUGCUCCCAGCUCCUCCACCAAGGCAGUCCUGCAGCAGCGACAGCUUCUCACAGACAUGAGGGCUCAAAACUAUGACGUCAUCCGGUUUGCCACCUACAGAACAGCAUGCAAGCUACGCUUCAUACAGAAGAAGACAAGCCUGCACCUUGUAGACAUCUGGAACAUGAUCGAAGCAUUCCGGGAAAAUGGCCUCAACAUGGUCGAUGCCCACUUUGAGCUGAGUACAUCCCGUCUUGAGUCGCUGUUGACAACAGUCUUCACACAACUCAACAAGAGGCUACCCCAGAACCAGCAGAUAGUGGUGGAACAGUCCGUCAAUUUGCUGCUCAACUGGCUAAUUGCAGCCUACGACAAAGAAAACACCGGAAAGAUCCGAGCAUUCACCAUCAAGGUCGCACUGUCCCAUAUGUGUGCCGGCAAGUUCAUGGACAAGUUAAGGUACAUUUUUACGCAAAUCUCUGACACCAGUGGGUAUUUGGUGUGGGCAAGAUUUGAGGACUACCUGGCCGAUCUGCUCAUGUUGCCUACCGCUGUCUUCGAGGGUCCAUCAUUUGGCUACAACGAGACUGCGGCACGAAGCUGCUUUGAUUCUACUGGCCGAGUGAGCGUCAACGACUUCCUGAAUGUCCUGAUGUGUGACCCCGGCCCCCAGUGUCUGAUGUGGCUCCCUGUACUCAACAGGAUGGCACACGUGGAGAACGUGCUUCAUCCUGUUCAGUGCGAGGGCUGCCACCGAGAAUCAUUCACAGGGUUCCGCUACAAGUGCCAGCGAUGUUUCAACUACCACCUCUGCCAGGAUUGCUUCUGGAGGGGCCGCACCUCUGCAAACCACCGCAUUGAACACGAAAUGAAAGAAUAUACCACAUAUAAAUCCCAAGCCAAACAGAUCGGUCACUCUAUACGGAAGUCCUUCCAGUGUACACCGGUCAAGUCCACUCAGAAAAUGCCACAUUUCCCUGAUGCACCCGAGAAAACCAUUGAUCUUUCAUACAUUGUUCCACCAACACCUAUACCCGUUCACAAUGGAUUCCCUGACCACCCUAUUAUAACGUCAGGGGAUGUGUCUUCCCUUGACAGUAGCUCCGCCCCCAGGAGCCCCAGUAAACACAAUGCAAGUACAGACUCAUUUCGGAUAGACGACGAACAUCGACUGAUCGCCCGAUACGCUGCCCGCCUAGCAGCUGACAGCUCCAAAGCAUCCCAGAGUCCAACCGAGCUCAACUUCAGCUUAGACACCAACAAGGCACAGAGAGAACUCAUCUCCCAGCUGGAGGCCAAAAACAGGGAGAUCAUGCGAGAGAUACAACGACUACGGUUAGAGCAGGAGUCAUAUGCUGCGGAGAAUGAGGAGGCACAAUAUAACCCAACUCUCCUGGCAGAGCUGCGACUACUACGACAACGGAAGGAUGAGCUGGAGGGCCGCAUGCAGGCACUUCAGGAGAGCAGGAAAGACUUGAUGGUGCAGCUGGAGAGUCUCAUGAAGCUGCUGAAGAAUCAUCCAAAUUCACCUCGCUCCACACCAAAUAGUUCACCUCGGUCACGGAGUGGGUUGUCCCCAACGAUAGCCCCUCCCCCAGCCAAGAACUCCACCCCCAGCACACCCAUGGACAUGUCUCUGACUGGGUUGGGGGGUGACGUACGACAAGCCUUCCAUCAAACACCCAGCAGCGGGGGGAACGUCCGCAGUCUACGGAAUGACCUGUUAGUGGCGGCAGAUUCGGUCACCAACGCCAUGUCAUCUCUCGUGAAGGAGUUAAACUCAGAAAACAGCGGCAGUGAGGAAGAUGAUGACUUAAAUGGGAAAAGUUUAGGACACUCUUCUUCUGACAACUAUGAGAAUGAUUCCAUGGUUCGGUCUACGGGUACCGACGACAUCGAGUCUUGGCGGGAUGAUAUCCGCUGGAGGUUGAAGCAAGAGUCUGAGUUCCUCGCCCAACUGCGGGCUCGGCGACAACGGAGUGAGAACAGCAGUCAGACCACAAGUGAUAAUGAACAAGAUCCCUACAUUCCAGAUGAUGAUCAGUCGUAUGUGAGGACAGAUGAUGACAGUGCCCUCAACACAGAUGACGGCGAGUCGUUUGUUCGCACUGACGAUGACCGUAGUGGGAAAGGAGUGGAGACGACUGAGAAUGCUGAGCUUUAUGACAAUCACCCUGGGGAGUUGAUGACGAGCAGUCGGUACACGACUGAUGAGGAAAGCUACCUGCAGACAGACGAGGAGUCGUACAUCCGCACCGACGAUGAGGAAGGGGGCAACACAGACUGGGAGGAGUCCACUCGCAGAUGGGUGAACCGAUGAUCCAUUUACAGGCUGGAAGAAGCCAGUGUAUAUAUACCCCGCGUUACAUAGAAUGAUUGAAUGACACAUGGUGAAUGUACGAUCAUGAUGACAUGUAUACACGCAGCCAUGUGUCAGGAGAUGUUUGCCGAUUGUGUAUAUACGCCACGGAACCAAUCAAGGUCUCCCAAGUCUGAUCUGCAAGUGAUAUAGAAAUGUAUAUCCCGCUUUGGGUGAUAACGAACAUGUGUAGGUGAUAACAGUGGUAUCACACUGUGCUUGGUAUUCAACAUGUAUUAAACCAAGAAGUAUAUUGGCAGCCAUUUUGUAUUAGGCAAAGAGCACAUGGUGUUGUGUUGCCAUGGUUACAGGACGAACUGGCAGCUGAAGGCCAGGAGAAUGUGAUGACUUCUGUGUUCCAGAAUUUGUGUAAGAUAGCUUACUGUCAUGUAGAGGUACAAAAGUUACUGCACUUGAUGACCUCCGGUGUAUUGUGAAGAGAAAAUAUUGAUGUGUGUCAGAUUGAGAUGAGGUGUAAUGAUGUGAGUCAGACUGAGUUAUGGUGUUAUGAUGUUGUUUGUUUCUUAGUCCAUCAUGUACCUGCCCUAUACAUCACAGCAAGAAUAAAUGGAAAUAGUAUUUUUCAUCAUAUAGAUAUGUUAUCCAAUGCAAACAAUGCAAUGCCACUUGGAGGAGCUGUCUAAAGUCAUCCAUCAUGACUGCAAAGUUGGAAUGAAAAAUACUGAGCGUAAGUCUUCAAGUACCAAAAGAACCAAAGCUUUCAGGAAGUAUUGCCAGUUUGGACUUUUAACUGCUUUAGCAUAGAAUUUAUGGUGCUGACAGCAAGCUCUUUGUGCACACAUAAGAAUCAAAUAUGAUGCCAUAAAUUGCACUUCAGUUGCAACAAGUUCCAAUAUCUAAACAGUGCUGCAGUAUACAGAGUUUUUGCUUUAUCUUUUUUUAUGUGUGUUAUUUGGACAAAAUAAUUUCUUGCUGCAUCUGACACUCCCAUUCACUGACCCUGGAAACUGAUUAUUUUACUGUCAGGACAUUUUCAUAAAUGAAAAGGUUUUAAAACUCUUUGUUUUAAUGUGAAAUCGAUCUGGGUGUUUUUGUUUAUGACAACAACUUUUGCAGCAAACUGUUUGUUCAGGUUUUUAUAUGGCGUAUAAAUCAAUGUCUGCUACUAAGCUAGAGCAGUUCCUGGUGUAAAGGUCAACGUCUGCUACUAAGCCAGAGCUGUUUGUGGUGUAUAGGUCAACGUCUGCUACUGAUCUAGGGCAAUUCCUGGUGUAUAGAUUGACGUCUGCUACUAAGCUAGAGCUGUUCCUGGUGUAUAGAGUGACAUCUGCUACUAAGCUAGAGCAUGUUCCUGGUGUAUAGAUUGACAUCUGCUACUGA